AUGGACAUUGGACAACUCGACAAUCCUUUCAAAUCCAAGAAAAAGCAUGAUGCAAAGGCGUCACCCAACCCAUACCAAAUUGGAGACUAUGAAGACGAACAGCCAUCAUCUACUACUACCAUCCGAGCCGAAGAAAAAAAGAGCACCAAGAUUGUCAACAAAGUCAAAGAUGAGAUUCACAAGGCCAAGACCAAAGCUCAUAGCUACCAUCAUCACCAUAACGAACCAACAAAGGAGAAGGAGGAGGACGACGAAUAG